CGAAUUAAAAGAGAACGAGAAAAUGGGCGAUGACAAACGAUAAAGACCAAACGAUGAUAGAAAAGACAGGUUCAUUUGGCGAGGUCUCGUAAAGCUCGUCUUAGGUGCGGUGCCAUUCGGACAUUUCGGGGCCGAGACGGCUAUCCAGAAGCCCCAGGGUGCUCCAUUUACUGUCAUAAAUUGUGGUCAACAAAACACACGCACAGGAGUCGCGAGGGAUUAAACCUCCAGCUGGGUCAAGACGGACCUCGGAUGACGGCGCCCAAACCCGCACCCCCCUCACACCCAGUCCGGUCCAGUCCAGUUUAGUCCAGCUGGGGUUUCAGAUUCCGAGGGCGUCCUCUCUUCCCAUUUCACUGGACCCCUUUGGCGCACAUUUACAUACUCUUCAGUCUUGGGAAGGUUGAAGAAAACAGAAGGGUAAAAUGGACUUUUUCUAUUGCACGGUUUGAUAGAAGCAAACUAAUCGAUACAAAUAUACGAGACCGAUUAUUGUUUUUUUGCACAUCUCCUGCGGAGAGCCGAGGAGAUGCUCUCGGCCUCUACAGACCACACGCACUACCUACGCCUUUCUCAUUUUUUUUUCGGCAAACUUCAGCAUUUUGUAUCCCAUUAAAUCCUCAGGCCGCUUCUUAUUGGUAGGUGGGAUUGUUACAUCACGAUGAUUAUGACGCGCCGUCUUCCUGUUUCCUUCAGCCGAGUCUUAAAGUGAAUCUUGUUGGUGGGAGAGCGCAGCAACUCAGCUGAGCCCCGCUCGCCUCGCCUCUCCUCUCGCCGCCGAGACAGACAAUUACAAGCCUCGGAAGGAGAGCGGCGCACAAGAGCCCAGCUCGGGUCGCGCAUAGCGCUGCUGAGAAAUUACAAUAUUCAUCAUCAGCGGCAGCGGCAGGCGGGCGGGCAGCCCCUCGCGCUCCUCUCUCUCUCUCUUCUCCAUUUCAGGGGGAAAGAAGAAACGACGCACUUUUCUCUCAUCCGCCGAGUUCCCAGGAUUCUCGCUCGAGCUGUGCCCAGCUGACAGGCUUUUGAAGAUGGCACAAUAACAGUCCAGUGAUGCCUGACCAUGACAGCACAGCCCUCUUAAGCAGACAAACCAAGAGAAGAAGAGUUGACAUUGGAGUGAAAAGGACUGUAGGGGCAGCAUCUGUGGUGUUCUCUAAAGCCAGAGCCACGGUUUUCAGUGCCAUGAAUCCCCACGGUUCGGAGCAGGACGUCGAGUGCUCGGUGGUGCAGCAUGCAGAUAGCGAGAAGUCCAACGUGCUGCGCAAACUGCUGAAGAGGGCAAACUCCUAUGAAGAUGCCAUGAUCCCCUUCCCGGGCGCCACCAUCAUCUCCCAGCUGCUGAAAAGCAACAUGACCAAAAACGGUGGCAACGAGGCCAGCUUCCAAGGCAGCGGGCUCUCCAGCACGGGCUCCGAAAUCCACCAGGAGGAUGCGUGCAGCAACUCUUCUCGAGAGAGCCCCCCAGAGUGUCUCUCCCCCUUCAGCAGGCCCACCAUGAGCCAGUUUGAUAUCGAGCGGCUUAGCGACGAGCACCUGAGAGCCAAGAGGGCGCGAGUGGAGAACAUAAUCCGUGGCAUGAGCCACUCUCCCAGCGUCACGCUGCGCGGUGGUGACAACGACCGAGAGGGGGUCCCGCAGCCCCCCAGCCCCCGGGAGAGCUAUCGGGAGAACAAGCGCAAGCAGAAGCUGCCGCAGCAGCAGCAGCAGAGCUUCCAGCAGCUCGUCUCGGCCAGGAAGGAGCAGAAGCACGAGGAGCGCCGGCAACUGAAGCUGCAGCUGGAGGACAUGCAGAAGCAGCUGCGCCAGCUGCAGGAGAAGUUUUACCAAAUCUACGACAGCACCGAUUCCGAAAACGACGAGGAUGGAAAUUUGUCGGAGGACAGUUUGCACUCGGAGAGCAUGGACCACCAGGCCCUGGACUCCACCGCCGACAGGUCGGACAACGAGAUGUCUGACCUGGACCCCGGGCACUUCAUCGACCGGGCCCGGGCGCUCAUCAGGGAACACGCGAUGGUAGCAGAGAGUGAGAAGCACAAGAGAGACGGGCAGAGGGGCAAGGAGCAGGGGCCAGCGUCCAUGCACACGGAAGGAAAGCAGCUGGCCGAGACUCUGAAACAGGAACUGAACACCGCCAUGUCGCAGGUGGUGGACACGGUGGUCAAGGUGUUUUCCAAACCGCCACGCCCAGUCCCUCAGGUCUUCCCACCUCUUCAGGUGCCUCCGACCCGCUUUGCGGUCAAUGGGGAGAACCCCACCUUCCACCCCGCCAAUCCGCGGCUGCAGUGCUUCGGUGAUGUCAUCCUUCCCAACCCCCUCGACACCUUUGGCAGCAUACAGGUCCCCAGUUCCAAUGACCAGACAGAAGCGCUGCCCCUGGUGGUUCGGAAGAGUUCCUCCGAGCAGUCUGCCUCUGCCCCGGCCUCCGCCAGCCACCACCACCCUGCCCUGCACCCCUCGCCAUUGUCGGCAACAGUGGGCUUUGGCUCGGCCUCCUUCCGCCACCCCUUUCCCCUUCCUCUCAUGGGAUACCCCUUUCAGAACCCUUUAGGUGCCCCUUCGGCAUCCUAUCCGGGCAAGGACAGGGCCUCUCCGGAAUCCUUGGACUUGUCCAGAGAAACCAGCAGCCUGCGGACCAAGAUGUCAUCAAACCACAUGAGCCAUCGCUCUUGUUCACCAACACACACGGGCAGCACCAACGAGGGCCUGUCGUUGUCCCUAAUAAAGUCCGAGUGUGGGGACCUCCAAGACAUGGCAGAGAUAUCGCCUUAUUCAGGAAGUACAAUUCAGGAAGGACUUUCGCCUAAUCACUUGAAAAAGGCAAAGCUGAUGUUUUUUUACACGAGGUAUCCCAGCUCCAAUAUGCUGAAGAUGUUCUUUUCGGAUGUCAAGAUAUAUUCCUUAAAACAAGAUAAGCAGACAGAGCCACGGUGGACUUGUUCAAGUGCACAGUUCAACCGAUGCAUCACCUCACAACUCAUCAAGUGGUUCAGCAACUUCCGAGAAUUCUACUACAUUCAAAUGGAGAAGUUUGCGAGGCAAGCCAUUAAUGAUGGCAUCACAGGGACUGAUGAACUGAAUGUCACCCGGGACUGCGAGUUGUACCGCGCCCUCAAUAUGCACUACAACAAGGCGAACGACUUUGAGGUUCCGGAGCGAUUCCUGGAAGUGGCUCAGAUCACAUUACGAGAGUUUUUCAAUGCCAUUGUUGCAGGCAAAGAUGUUGAUCCUUCCUGGAAGAAGGCCAUAUACAAGGUCAUCUGCAAGCUGGACAGUGAAGUUCCUGAGAUUUUUAAAUCACCCAACUGUCUGCAAGAGCUUCUGCAUGAGUAAAGAUUUCCAUCGGGUUUUUGUUCUUUAUUUUUUUGAUGUUUUGGAAAGGAUAAAAAAAAAAAAGUUUUGGCCUUCCCUUCUCCGUGAUCCUUUACUUCUGCAGGAGGCUUUUGGUGUCCCUCUCUGUUAAAGGCUCUUAAAGCUGUGGGAUGACUCAGCAGCGUCUCCUCUCCUCUCCUCUCCUCAGUGGACUUCUUCUUCUCCCCAGUGGCUGAGUGGCUAACUGUACUGCACCCCCAUAGGCCCCUCGGCCCCCCAUAUUUCGUCACUCGGAGGCACAGAACUCAUGAAGACAAAUCUGCAAUGUGCAGAGCUGUGCUGCAUAGGGCAUUAUGUCACAGAUUGUAAGACUCACCCAUAGAGCCGGUUGUUUUGUACAAAGCGCUCUGGACGGAUGUUCUCCGGCUCUGAUCCAACACACUGGCAAGAGGACUUCAGUGACAAAUCGCUUCAAACAACGAGGAGUUCAUCCUCUGGUCCCAAACCUGUAUGGACGGGUUGUCUUGUGUUUAGAGCAUGUCGACUACCAGCAGAGGGCGCCUGGCUGAGCUCCUCCAGGGCAGAGAGAACUGCGUACAAAGAACACCCCGCCGGCCCCUUGAACUAAAUGACAGAAUCGAUGAAUGAAUCGAACGGCGCCUCAUCAAGCCCCUCCGCUGGGAUUUCUUUCAAAGUGAGCCAGCCCACUGUCCUUGCUGAUCUGAUUUGCCUCAGAUGACUUCUUCCCAUCGCUGCCCAGAGUUCUGUUAGACUUCAGCCAUCACGCGUACCGUUUCUGAUUAUCUGAGAACGAGUUCAGUCAAUUUUAUUCAUCAGGUGUAAUUUUGUUGGAAUCACGGACCGCAGUUUUGUUAGACCCGUAGACUAACGUCAUCUCCCUUCCCCAGUGAGCGUUGAUCCCGUUCUGCACAUCCACCUCCACUUUGUUCGAUCUGAAGGGCCACAUCCAAUAUCUCCUUCAACUCUUUGGCUGUCCCAGCAGUUGUCAUCCUGUGGGCUAUCGCGUAGUGCUCUUCUCACGACCGUUGUAGCCGUGCCUCCUGCAUCUCCUUGGCUAUUGGCACAACCUCCAUCCACUUUCGCCGAGUGAGGCCCGGCGACCAUUCGCGUCUCCAUCACACGCUGGGUUUGCUCGUCCUCCCCGGCGGCCAAUGGCGGACUUGUAGAUCUUCACCUUCAGGCGGCCGGACAUUUGGUGUCUGAUGACCCCUGCGUCAUUCAUUUCCACACUGGCAUCGGGGAUUGAGGUUGGAAUUUGAUUCUGUGGGAGUCACGGUUUAAAAUGAUAGACCUGAGAUUUGUUAGACCCGUAGACUUCGGCCAUCACAUGGACGCAAUUUCAAAUGGUCUUUGGUUAUUUGAAAAUGGACCAAGUCGGUCUUGCGUUCAUUUGAUUUUGUUGGGACCCUUCUGUGUGUAAUAAUCGACUGUGGCAGGCCUGUUAAACCCGCAGGCCGCGGCCCUCGAACGCGCCAAUAACAAACGUUUACCGUUGUUUGACAGGGAACUCUGACUUUUUUUACGUUAACCGAAUUUCGUCACAAUCACUCACUGCCCUAAACGUUUUCAAAACUACGACUGGCUAUAAAAACUAAGCAGAGAAAGCGGGAAGGUUUGAGCCACUCGUAAAGAAAUAACGGGGGGAUUUGCGUCCUUUUAUAGAUUGGCAUGAAAGAAUGUUGUUUUCGAUUUUGACUCCACCGCCAUCUGCGCACAGUUGACCGAAGUUGGAUCACUGCAUACACUUCUCACCAUCUUGAAGAUGCAGAUGUAAUCGGCUUCUAAAAAUGUUGCGCCGUUUAUUUUACCCUGAGCCCAUCUGAUUCCCCGUCGUCUGGAGUUCACAUCGAUGGUAGGUUUUCUGGGAUUGCUUCACGUCGUUAACGUUAGUCGUGACCUCCGACCUUUUCGUAGCGGCGUGACGUGCCGUCCUCUCUACUAACUCUUAGACGUCGGAGAGUAAAAUGCCAUCCGUGUGACUGCCCUGAUGAUCCAAUUGCUGGACUUUCACUUUUUUUGUUUCGGCACAGUGGAUGAGUUGAAAUGCGGGAAAGCAAAAUUUGUCAGCACAAAGCCUUAGAAGCGCGCUGACAACACAAUGCCCGUGACGCCCUGGCAGUAUCUGCCGACUUUGGACAUUCGAGACAAUGGAGUGAGUGAAGUUCCACGAUGAAUCCUAAACAGCCAAGCGUUCUUAAUCUCCGCCUGACCUCACCGCAGCUCUCUUGUCCGCACGACCCCGGAGGCCGGCUCGAAAAUGUCACUCGAAGCAUCUCGGUUUGAGAGCGGCCAUCCCGUCAGGUUGGCCUUCUUCAAACGGUGGCACCGGCCUUUCUAAUUAUCUGCAAAAUGAAGCCGUAGCACAUUCAGAAAUGAAAGCCGAUGGUUCGGAGGGCUUUAUGCAAAGUCAGAGCUCAUCUGCAUAAGUCUCUCCGCACGCAGUCGGCCGCCCAGUUUGUUAUCAAGCCAGCGUUCGGUUUAAUUACAGGAGGGAAGAGGGAAAGGAUGUUAGGCGAGGCCACCGUUUCAUCUCGUCAGACAUCUCUGUGUAGAGCGGCCUUUGUUUGAGAGCCAUACUGCCACUGUGCCUCUGUAUCUGGAGGAGAUUAUCGCACAAGUAAACUUCCUCCGCUAUCAGGUUACUCCCACGUGCACAAUUUGCUUAACAAAAAUGACUGGAGUGCCGGCGGCCGCCUGGCCUUUCAAAAUUCACAGAAAGAGAUGAAGAAAGGUGCAGCAGGCAGCAAAGUGAAGUCGGCCCGCUUCGCUGUCUUCCUUUUCAUUCCAAACACUUGCUUAUUUAUUUAUUUAUUUAUUAAUUAAUUAAUUCAUGAAUGAAUUGCUGUAUUUAUUUCAAUCUUCCCUCUUGUGCAACAAAAAUAAUGGUUAGUGUGCCUUCCGUGGCUCGCAUUUUGAUUUCCUGAUACGUUAUUGAAAUAACGACAACUGCAAUAAUCACUAGACGGCUGUCUCUGUCUUUUUGCUGUUAAAAUGACGGUGUAUAGCUAUGCACGUAUUGUGUGUGUGUGUGUGUGUGUGUGCAGAACUAGACACGGGGUGUGUGUGUGUGCAUACAUGUACAUAUGUAGAUGGGGGUCUGUGUGUGUGUGUGUGUGUGUGAGCCUUGGAUACGAGCGGAUGUGCGCGUACAUAGAAACAGACACACGACACUCAUCUGCCUGUCUAUAUUCACUAUAAAUAUAAAUAUAUAGACAGUACAUGUACACAUCCAUGACGGCAGGUGUGUAUCACUGCAAAAAAUAACAGCUAAGCAAGUUAUUACACGAGCCGUUAAAUCUUGUUUCCCUUAUCUUACGAUUUAUUGACUUAUUAAGAAAUUCAUAUUUAGGGUAAUUUUAAGAAAUCUUGUCAAGUAUAUUUUGCUAUCUCUAUUGGCAGAUUUGGUCGCUAAAUAAAGCAAAACAGCUCCCAUUUCAAGUUGCACACAUACACAGACACAGGGUGGGUGUGCUCAGGUGAAGGGCUGGAUAUGAAGAUUCACUGAGAUGUUCACAGAGCGUACAGUAUGUGUACAGCGUGUGUUCUAAAUAUCAACUGUCUCUGUAUAUUAUGUACAAAUCAGGCACGCAGACUGGACAGAGAGUUCAUCGCCCUGCCUGAUGGAUGUACACUUACAGUAUGUUCUGUGUUUCAUAUGUGAAAUGAUGCACAGUAUGAAUAUUCAGUACACGUGUACAUUUUCACACACCCGUACAUUCAUAUAGAAAAUGCAUAGACAGUGUGAAUGUACAGCACACACACACACACACACACACCCACCCUGUGGUCUGCAUACACACUCAGCCUACAUAUACAGACAUACGCACAUAAAUCAGUGUGUAUGGGGCGUGUCAUAAAGAUGUACAGGCACAGGACGAGUGUGUCACAUACUUACACAGGACGAGUGUGUCACAUACGCCACAUGUCAUGCAGUGUUCAGGCUGUGUACACACAUGAAGAUUCAUGUACAGGAUGUGCGUAGAGUCACAUAUGGGGUGUAUGUGUAUAUAUACUGUAUGUACAAGUGCACACACACACACACACUUUAUAUAUAUAUAUAUAAUGUACAGUGCACUAUAUAUACAGAGAGGGUGUGUUUGUUUCUUUAUAAUAAGGUGUGUGUGUGUGUGUCUGCUUAUCUCGAUACAACUCGUAUGAGUCCACGCUGCGCUUGUGUGUGUGUGUGUGUGUGUGUGUAGGCAGGGGGUGCACAUUGGGCUAUAUAGAGGUGUGUGUAAAUAUACACAUUGGGGUCUUUGCUGUGUACUGUAAAUAUAUAAUGAAAUGAUCGGGUAAACCUUUUUCUUUGAGAAGUGAAGCACAUUUGUAACCCCCCUUUGAUAAAGCAGAUUCUUUUUCCUGACCCGAGUGCCCCGACUUGCCAUUUUCGGGGGGUCUCGGCUCUUUUCGUAGCCGUGGUGCAGAUUGGACGUGUUUUCUUAGCCCAUCCGAGUGUAGCAUCGCCGCAAUAUUUAAAGAAAACGAGUGAUGAGUGGCCGUGAAGUGAUUCAAAGCGAGGCUCCUUGUUGUCGUCCCGCCAUGUUUUGUGAAGAGAUGAGUUUGUUUUCCAACGACCGGAUGCUUUGAUUUGAUUUAUUUCAUGUUGUUAUAUGGGGAGUGGGGGAGCGAGAGAGACUUUAUUUUAUUUUAUUUUAUAUUUUUUUUGCUCCGUAUUAGACUCUUGGCAUUGAAGUAUCUCUGCAGUUCAACGGGAGAGCGUGACGCGUGAUGGCAGAUAAUUAUGGACUCAAAAGGCAAGCGUACACCCAGAAGGGGCAGAUUUGUUUUUGCUCCUUUCUUUUCAUUUCACAAGUUCUAACAAUGCCGUGUGGCCCGACGCCACCGAGGAUCGAGGGCUGUGACUUAAUCCUCUCACACCGUCUAAUGUCUGAAGCGACUCAAAGUUGAAGGGGAGCUUUUAAGAAUCCGCAGAGGGGAAGCAAACAAGCUCUGGCGGUAGUCUUUGAAAAUGGAGAGCGGAAGUGGGAUGUGUCUGUGGGGUGCGUGGAAAGGGCGUUAUAUACUCAAAUAAAAACAAGUGAACGUGUGAGGACAGCAGUUGGGCCUGGCGGGUUCACAAGAUGGAUUUGCAGUUCAUUGAAUUCAGUUAUGCUGAAUAUUCCCUACACGGCAUGGUGGUUAACGUCGCCGCCGCUGCCACCUCACUGAUCCGCCAUUCAAGGUUCAAGUCCUGUGCCCAGGUGCUCUCCUCCCACUGCCUUUGUGGGUUUCCUCCAGCAACUCAUGCAGCGUCUUCAAAGACCUGCUGCUUGGCUUCACUGGCAUGUCCAUGAGUCCUGUUUGCUCUGAAAUGGAUGGGGUGCCUGGUUUCCAUUUUGUGCCCAAUGCUCAAUCCACCAACUCUCACCCUCCUCAUUAGCUGGGGUUAGGAGCAGACGUGUGUGUGUGUGUGUGUGUGAACGUGGACUGGUUCUGCAUCCAUGGUACCCACGGAAAGGAUGGGCUCACAAAACUGACUGACAGAUGAAUUGAACUGAAAUGGAUUGGCAUCCCAUUUGGCACCAGCUCUUGCCUCGCACCCGCUGAUCUAGAGAGCCUCCUGUUUAAAUGCAAUAUAAGGGUAGGUGGCAGGUAUGGAGGGGCUGGCAAAGAGACUGAAAAAAUUGGCAAAGGUUCACCAAGGAGGAACCCGAUGAAGCGUCAACCGCCAAUGUGCCCGUGGGCCAUCUUGCUUGUUUUUUAGUUUUCAAAAUGGGAUCAGUUAAGUUGAACAUUUCUAGUUCUCCUAUAAGAAAAGUCGAUACAAACGCAUCACCCCAGCCACUUGAUGCCCACACUGGAGACAAUGAUGCCCACUCCUGACCACAGUAACGUCUAGCUGGUGGUCAGCAUAUCCUCUACACGGCUCACCUUAUUUAAUGAAUUUCACUCACGCUAUCGAUUGACCCGAAAAGCCUCCCUUCCACGCGCUGCGUCCGCCGACGAGACGGCGCUUCAUUUGUAAGCGAGAUGUUUCAUCGCCGCCCGCCUCAUCGCAACCCAGACCCUCGCUGGAACGAACGUCGAGCUUCAGCCGGUCGAUGGUCUGAGGUGGACAGGUGCAGGCCCCCCUUCGGCCAGAAAAUUAGGGACACCAUAGUGGACUGAAGGCCUGCAGGUUUGGACGGAGUGACGUGUUCCACUGGCCCGGAUUUUUAUGUAAAUAACCUGAGAAAAUAAGACACUGCCUUUAUAUAAUUUAGCAAUAUUUUGUAAAUAGCAUUACUACGCUCUUUUGUAAUAAAAUGAGAAAAGAAUGACUUUUAUUUGAUUAUAGUGCAGUAAUUGCAACUGGUGGUCAAUUUCACAGUUUUUUAUAUUCUAAUAUAUACACAUAUAUAAAUAUAUAUGUAUAUACACACAUGCGCAUAUAUAUAUAUAUAUAUAUAUACAGUAUACAUAUACACGCACACAUAUAUAUAUAUGUGUGUAAAGCUGGUAGCAACUUUGAUUGUGGAUUUUUGUUGUUGUUGUUAUUUGUUCUGAGGACUUUGCAUAAUUUAUUGGUUUAAUUUAUGCUAAUUUAUUUGAUGAAGGUGUACAAUUUUGUAUAACCAAGGAUGUACUGUAAUAUGAAUUCAUGGAAGAAAAAAAAAAAAUAGAAAUAAAAGUCCUUGUCCAUCACUCGAAUCUUUUGGGGAAAAUGUACAAAGAGGUGCAAGUAGCCAGCAAGUUAAAUUCAAACCUUUCAAGUCUAACUUGGCAGCUACGAAACUGAAAAUACUGCAAAUCUACAAUAAUAACGUUUUUGUUUUUGGGGGUUAAAAAAACAAACAAACAAACAAACAAACAAACAAAAAAGGAUCUCUUUUCUUUUGUGUGUUUUAUUGCUUUUUUGUAUUCUCUCCAGACCUUUACCUUUGCUUUGUACCACCUACAAGAUACAGUAGUUCAAUUGCCUUGUGUGCCUUCCAUCUUCUCUGAACUGAAUGUAUGUGCAGUAUAUAUGCAAGCUUGUGCAAAAUAAAUUCAAAUUGCAAACUUUU